CUUUGCUUUGACAAGAAACUUACAACAAUAUAUAUAUAUAUAUAUAUAUAUAUAUAUAUAUAUAGUAAAGAGAAAGCACAUUUAUUUAAACCUAAAAUCACUUUUAGACCGUCUACAAUGUGGACGUUCUCAUGUCGUGGUUUAUUGAUUACGUACACGUCACUGUCUUCACAAAUACACACUAAUAAAUAAUAAUUUAAGAACAAUCUUUAGAAGGACUCUGUUAUCUUCUUCAUGCUGCUGUGUAGCUCCCCUAACAGUUUACUUACUAACCUGCUAGUAGUCGUGCAUACUAGCAUGUCAGAUGCAUGCUAGUGAUAAAACAUAACUUGUGGUAAUUAAUAUAGCAAUGAAUGCUAGUGUUUUGUAAAUCAUGUGUUAUUUAUAGCGCACACUUAAAGAGCAAUAAUAAGAAGGAAAGUUAUAUGAACGACAAAAGUAUCAAAGCAUGUACUAUGUUUUUCACAUGACAUAGUCGAGCUAAUUUUUAACUGCUAAUAACUCGUAUCAGUCAAUCGUAACAAAACUGCACAGGCGUUAAAACGAUGGUAAGUGAUAGUAAUGACGUGUGUGUGUGAAUUGUAAAUGUCGACAAAGUGUUUAAUUUCAAUGUAUGCUUCAUUAAGUCAUUAUCUUCUUCUUCUCCUCGUAAAUCAAUGUGACCUAUUUAUGCAACAUGACAGCAUUACACCCUCUAUGUGUGUGUGAGUGUGUGCCAGGACUCCAGCAGUGUGCAGAUUGAGAAGCAGCAUGUUGUUACAUCACUUUGCAACCUGCGCACACACACAAAGCACAGUGUGUAAUUUGCAUUGAAACAUUUACUAAUAGAGUCGAAUUUUGCAGCUUCACUCUAUUACGUUUUUGAAAUAAUAUAUUAAUAAAUCAUGCAGUUUCGUGGUUGAAUAAGGCCUAAUAUUAGUUAAAAAAAAGGCAUAUUGAAGCAAAUUUGACAUUUUUUUCCCCAAAUUAAGCAUUUUCAAGCAUAAAUUGGCGAAAUGAAGUAAAACACAUAUAUAAGGCAUUCAGAAGAUGCAUUCAAAGAUGCUCUGAAUGAUGAGUAGUAUUCUACGGUGGUCACUAAGUGUCAGUAGUGUUACUGUAAUGUCCGGUGAGACAUUCAAGCACCAAACCUGAUUGCAGGUUUGAAUUAUCUCACAACAAGCACAAUAAUCCCUCAUGAAAACACAGGCUACUGUUGCAGCCGUAAUCCACGCCAAGUACUGAACUCCGGACCCCUGAUGUCACUUCCUGUCCACAUGCCACUAAGCUUCCCUGAGGAACACAUUUAACGAGUGUGCGUGUUAUUUAUGUCUUAAAUGGCUUAUUUACUCUCUUUAUGACUACUAUAUUGGGUAAUAUGAAUUUAAAGGUGACUAUAGGGGUGUUAGUUCAUGUGUAGAGGGCUCCAAUGUUAUAAAACAUAUUUACAAGGUCAUAAACGGGUUUUCUAUGCUCUAACUAUGAAACUAUUCUAUUUAUAAAGAAGGAAACUCACUUAUCACGGCCGGUCUGCGACCAGUUAACCGUGACAAACGAGGGAUUACUUUAGUACUUGCAUGUCCUUCUUACACAUUCAUGUCUUAUGUGGCUUAUAUUAUUUAAGCACACAUGGUUAGCGCCUUUACAAGCAUUCCCAUGAAGACAGAUGUUCACAAGCAAUGUGCAUGCUCGCAUGCACUUCAGGAGGCAUUCAAAGUGUUUAAUGAGGAACACUUUAUUACUUGCCCAUUACUGUUGUCUUCACCGUGUAGUGUAGUGUAGUGUAGUGUUGUGUGUGUGCAUGCGUGCACCGCAGCAAAGCGCUAACAGCUAGCCACCUCAUUACACCAAUUCUGUCUGCUGUGAUUUAUGGAGCUACAGUACCUGUGUGUGUGUGUGUGUGUGUGUGUGUGUGUGUACAAUUGUGCACCUGCCUGGCAUGUUAUUGCAGGAAAUAUUUUAAUUAAUGUUGUGUCAAGUGACCCCUGGCCAACAAGGAAACGAUGUUAAUCAAAUGUGAUUGGAUAAAUUUUUUUAAUUGAAAGCUCAACACGCUUUUAGAAGUGUGUGUGUGUGUGUGUGUGCGUGUGUGUAUGUGUGUCUCUGAGGUGUUUUUCACUGAAAGUCAGUGAAGAUCACUCUGAUGUGGUUCAAGGUCACAAUGUAGGCCAAUCAGUCGUUCUUCAUUAGUCAUGUGAUCCUCCAACAUGAUGUCAGAAUGACUAUUUGGCUGAAUUUGAACAACAGUCUGUCCCAGGGUCAAACUGUGGCCAUCAUCACAGCGUUAUUAAGUGUACUGGCCAUGUUUUAAGUCACAUUUCAACAUUCUUAAGCAUAUUUGUCCCGUAAAUAUAACUCAACCUCCUGUAAGGCGUUUAGUGCCUUGGAGGAGGUAACAGCGGGACCAAUGCAGCUUCCUGCUGUCAAGCAUCACCUUUCUUCUUCUUCACUCACUGAGUGCCGAUGAAUCUUUGAUGACUCAGCACUUUGUCAAGGAAGUGAUGUCAUUGCCCCCGUCUCACCUUUCUGGACAGCGAGUCACGUGGCCCACACUUACCUGAUACCCCUUCAAACCUUCUAGUCCACAUUUAGACGUGAGUUGUGUACCUGAAAUGGAAUACUUCCGUCGGUACACAAUGUCUCCCAUACAUGCAGUAACUGUGGAGAAUAGAUUUGAUGCUAUUCGUUCGCCCUCGCUCAUAAACACAUUGUACACAUUAUAAUGGGAUCCGUCUAAUCGACUGCAGCGUGUCCUUCCAACUCCAUACUGGUCUUACUGGACACUUUUGGAGACGCCCGCCCACCCCCUUUUGGGUACUGACAGUGCACUGUAUUUGGCCGAACACCUCAGCGUGAACGCACUCAUAUGCACUCAAGUGUAAGUAUGGUGCUGCGCCAAUAGCAAUGGACUCGCUUUGCAUCGGACGCCAUCUUGGCAAAAGCACCUCAUAGCUCGCAGCUGUGACGAGUCAAAGGGCAGAUGUGUUCACAUCUGGCGGGGGUGAAGGGGCGGGGCCGUGGGAGGAGUCACAGGAGUGUCAGUGCUGCUUUAGAGGCAAACUAAUCUCUUUGAAUGCGCACACACGCACUUUAAUGUGCGGAUUAUAAUCUCAAUCCCACAAUCCUCUUCUCCCUCAACCAACCAUAGUGUGUGUGUGCGUGUGUGCAUGUGUGUGUGUAAUGACACUACAUGUCAACUGUGAUGCUUACUGAGACAACAUGGUCAUGUGACUGUCCACCUCACACUCGUCACAUAUAACUGCAAACGUAACCGGCUUUUACUUUGAAUUUAACUUGAGGUAACACAAUACAACUACGACACAUUGUCAAGUUAAAAUUUCAAAAGUUUAUGCUAUUUACAUUGCUCACCCUGCUUCACUUCUUUUUACACUUGUGUGACACUUAACUAUGUUUAAAACGUGACUUAAAACAUAGUCUGUACACGUAACAAAGCUUUUAUGAUGGCCACAGCUUGACCCCGGAACAGACUAUUUCUAUGUACUGUACAUGAUUUCCUGUGGGUAAAAUCCACACCUUUGCACCAAAAUGUGGCGUAAUGUUCCUUUGGUCCAUGGCUCACUUGUCUUUUUUUGCAUUACAGUACAUCACAUAGUCGUUUGCAUCCUCUAGGUCAGGGGUCAUGGAAAACAAUAAAAUAAUAUAUAGAAAUCCCAUAGCUGUUGCUUAGUUUAUGUUGUUUUUUUUUCAUUGUGCUUUGGUGGGCGGGGGACCCUUCUCACUUUGUUCUACGGUCCCUGAACACACCUUAUUCCAUAGAUAAGACUUGGACUGUAUUUUUUCUGUUCGUCUUUCACCUCAUAUUUGUUCCCAAAGGCUGAUGCUGUGUGGGAAUGCACAAAGUUAAGAUUUGAUGACGUUAUCGAGUGCAAAUUUGUCAACGACGUUAUCUUCUCUCUGAAAACAAACUCCAGGCUUGUACUGACACUGAAUGGUUUGUAUUCAUUUUGUGCUUAUAAGUUGAUGUUGUGGAUGUCUUAGUUUUAUACACAAUACAUAAGAAAUAAAUAAAUAGCAUUAUAUCACUAUAAUGUACAAACACCCACCCCCCCACCCACCAAGGUCCACCGGUGGUUUGUGGGAACUUGAGCCAGCCCGUUGGUCCACUGCUCUAGGUAACAAAAACCAAGGACAAAAAAAAAGACUCCUUGGUGGAGGCAACGAGAAAAGCAGGGACAAGUGUCCAGCUAGAUGUUAAGUCAAUCCUUUGUGUGUCUUCUUGAGUGUGCACGUGAACGUGUGUGACGUGUGUUGCCGGAAGGUAAAAUACAACCACUCACGGACGUCUUUUCACAUCUCCAUUUGUCUCUUUUGUGUGUCUUUGCCCGCUCAGCGUGUGUGUGUGAGUGGGUGAGACUAACAUUAGAGCCUCUCCCACUCCCCACUCCCACCAGUGGCCUACUGAAAAAGAUGAAGUUCAGUGGUUCUGGUGGAACAAUGCAGCUUAAAAAGUGCUCCAGAAUUAGGGUUGGGCAUCUUUUGAAUUUGAACGAUUCCGGUUCUGAUUCCGAUUCCUCAUUUCGAUUCAGUUUCCUAACGAUUCUCGAUUCCGAUUCAAGUCAGAGGUACGGUCAUGAAAGUUUGCAGGGUUUAAACGAGGGCGCUAACCAAAAAUGUCUGAUUGUCGCCAUGAUUUUUAAAAAUUCUGUGAACUUUUCAUGAAUGACUUUACUAUUAAUUUCUCACAGGACUAUUUUCAAACAGUGUAUAAAUAUCAAACCACUGAACUUGAACAUGUCACAAGUGGGAGUCGCCACUUGUAAAAAGGGGCGGAACCCAACGCAAGGAGUCAGACCAAAAAUGGAAACAAAAGGUAUUUAAUAACAUAAAGUGUCCCGAGCGGGAAAAGUACAACACAAGGGAAAGUCACAAAACAAAGUAGAAAACACAAAACACUGCCAGCAGAAGGCUGACAGGAAUAACUAGAAUGCAACUAAGAAAUACUGCAGGCAAACCUGAGCUGGAACAAUAACUAGUGUAACAGGAAAUAGUACUGAGCAGAGGGACAAGGGUGAGCCAGAAAGCGGGGAACAGGUAAGGAGCCGGACGAAGCGGAACAGGUAGCAAGGAGUACAAUCUGGCACUGGUCCUGAGUUGCUGCUGAGUAUAAAAAGGUAGUCUGAUGAGAUUGCCUGCAGGUGUGUGCUGGGGACUCCACCCACACCGGCUGAAGCUGCACAGAAAGCAUACAAACAGCAGGCGGCAGCAGAGCGACAAACACCAUCGUAACAGAACAUGCCACACGGUGGCCUAGUGGUUAGCAUGUUGGCCACAUCGGGAAGACCUGGGUUCGAAUCUCCGUUGGGCAUUUCUGUGUGGAGUUUGCAUGUUCUCCCCGUGCGUGCGUGAGUUUUCUCCGGGUACUCCGGUUUCCUCCCACAUUCCAAAAACAUGCAUGUUAGGUUUAUUGGUGACUCUAAAUUGUCCAUAGGUGUGAAUGUGUCUCGAUGUCUCGAUGUGCUCUGCGAUUGGCUGGCGACCAGUUCAGGGUGUACCCCGCCUGUCGCCCAAAGUCAGCUGGCAUAGAAUAAGCGGCAUAGAAAAUGGAUGGACAAACUUGAACAUAACUGUUUUGAAGUCUCUUUUGUUUAUGUGUUGGAGAGUGUCUUACGUAUGAUGCAGAAUAGACCAUGUUUCUGAGUUCCUACUAACCUGCGUGCAGAAUGUCAAACAAGAAUGGAGUAACACUUAACGUGUGGUUUGGAACUUCCUGGCUAAAGCUAGUGUUACCGUCAGUUUGUUUGUCUGUGGAAAAAGUACAGUCUUACGUUAGCUGGAUAUUUGAGUGGGCCACUGUAUUCGCAGUUUAAAGUAUAAUUUGUUUGCUACUUCAGUGUUGGCAUAAGAUCGACGUCAUUUAUUGUUUUACUUACCUGUCUGGCUGGAAGAAGUCCGGCAUAGCGUGGCAAAAACAGGGCAGUCUACACCGAGAAUCCGGAGGUGUUUAAUCAUGUUAGUGGUGCACCCUCCUUUGCAUGAUACGAUGGCGUUGCAAAUGUUGCACUACGCCGACCGUGCAUUUUUCUUGCAGAAUUUCAACCAAACAUGCAAGCGCCGUCGAACUGUGUCCGUGAUUGAAAUGGAUGAACGCAAACGCUUUCUGAUGCUUCUUCUUCGUUGGUGUUCGGCGGCUUCUUCUUCAUGGGUGUUAUGAGGCCAUUUUUUCCAGUCGGCGGGCUGGUCAAUCACCAAAAGUCGGCAUCAAAAAUUUUCAAAUGAAUGAUUCUGGGAGAAUUGGAAUAUUAGUAAAAAGAGAGAUGAAGACUCUCAGACCCUCCCACUUCCUGGAGGGCGGGCCGACCCUCAAUCUCGCAGGUGCAUGCCCACAGCGGAUGGAUGCACCUGCUGUCAGCAUCAGCGUGUCAGCUGCUAGCUCCACCUACUCACUGUGCACCGUGUGCAACUUGCAACUUACCUCAGCGGCCCAGGCUCAGCUGCACUACAAUGCACGCUCGCACCUGCGCCGUGUACGACAGAUGAAGGUCGGCCAGGCGGGGGCACAGGUGGCAGGGGGCCAGUCUAAGCUCCUCCUCCAGGCAUCAGGUCGUCGCUGUCAAUCGGCACAAGUCCAAGCGUCAGAGCAUAGUGCCCCCCUGUGUUCAACUAGAGGAAGUGUGUGUGCGACGCUGGCUGGUGCCCUGCCUGGCCUGAUAGGUGGCGCUGGAGGUCCAUCUGUCCUGAUGAAACCCUUUUUGUCUUUUCCCAUGGACACCACUGCGCCAGUGGCACUUUUCCCAAACUUCAACACGAUGGACCCCGUGCAGAAGGCCGUCAUCAAUCACACCUUUGGAGUUGCGGCUGCGGCCAAGAAGAAACAGGUGAUCACGUGCGGCGUCUGCCGGCUGAGGUUCAACUCUGACUCACAGGCGGAGGCUCACUACCGAGGAAGUCGUCACGCCAAGAAAAUGAAGUCUCAGGAGAACAAGAGCCAGCUGUCAAUCACUGCACAGACCAACGGCAGCAGCUCCAUGGAGGCAGGCCCCGCCCCUCCACAAAGCACCAAUCAGCACACAGAUGUCACCUCCCUAGCCCCCUUCCCCCUCCCCUCCUCUUCCACACCCAUCUCAUCACCCUCCUCCAGCAGAGGAGGAAGUGAGACUCCUCCCACCAGCCCCGCCUCCACCCUACCUGUAUCCUCUUCCUCACCUCCUGCCCACCCCAUCCCUCCUCCUCCUCCCCCUCCUCGUCUUCCUCCAUUAUCACAGGAAGCCCCACCUAUUGUGGACUCCGAGGAGGAAAAGGCCAAGAAGCUUCUUUAUUGUUCUCUUUGCAAAGUGGCUGUCAACUCUCUGUCUCAGCUGCAGGCUCACAAUGCAGGGUCCAAACAUAAGACCAUGCUGGAUGCUCGGAGCGGCGCCGGUCCAAUCAAGUCCUACCCUCGACCCGGCGCCAAGCUGAAGACCUGCGGCAGCCCGGCAGUGAAGGGGUCCGGUUUGCAGAACAAAACCUUCCACUGCCAAAUCUGUGAUGUCCACGUCAACUCCGAGAUACAACUCAAACAGCACAUCACCAGCAGGAGGCACAAGGACCGCGUGGCGGGAAAGCCCAGCAAGGCUAAAUACACUCCUUACAGCAAUAACAACAUGAGAACUCAGCGCAGCUCGUUCACAGUGAGUCUUGUUGUCAUAGCUACAUGUCACCUAGCAACACUCCUCACCUCCUUUCUUUUCCUCCUCGUUUCUUUCCAGGAGCUGGCCAAGUCUUUCCUUCCUCCGCAUCCCUUCAGUACGCCACCCGCCUCCCUCUCCACCUCCUCCCCCCUCUCCAUCGCCCUUCACCCUCGCCCACCCUCCUCCUCGCCCCUCAUCGCUGCGUCCUUACUGCGUUCGGCACCAGGCCCAAUAAGAGCAGGCCACACCUCCGUCCUCUUCACGCCCUACUGA